AUGACGCAAGUCUACUUGAGCCGCAACCGAAAACUCGGAUCGUUGGCCCAUAUCACGUUUAGCUCCAAGAUCAAAAACCUGAAUUUGGAACACGUGGCACUUACGUCUUGGAUCAUGGACAGCCCCACGUUUGAUGCUUUGAAUACAUCGUUACAACCAAACAACACGGCCGACGACGCGACCUUAACAGACGGUUCCAGGGCCUUUACAGGCUACAACUACUACAACCUGUCCAUCACAACCAGUAUGACCGACUGUUCGAUAAACAAGGGCACCCUCACAGAACUGUGGCCGGACAAGCGAUUCCGCAAUUUCACGUACAAGGACGCCAUGUUCACGGUCUGCGUUGUGCCAAGCACGACCACGACAACUUCGGCCGUGCCCAUUAGACCGACCCCAUCUAAAACGAACCAAGGACUUGGCACUGGGGCUAUCGCUGGCAUCGCGGGGGGUGCUGUGGUUGUAGUGGUAGUCGUGCUGUUGUGUUGGUAUCGGCGUCGUCCCAACCCAGUUGUCAAGUCGCCCGAGUAUUAUCACACGUUGAGUACGCCAGCUACAGUCACCACAGUCUCGGCUACGCCCAUCCCCACCACUACCACUAAUCUCCCACAAGUCAACCUGAGUGCGCUUCAAUUGGUUCGAGUUGCCAAUGUGGAGGUCUACAUUAACCGUAUGAUUGGCACGGGCGCGUUUGCCAAUGUAUUCCAUGGGUCGUUCCAAGGCCGGGCGGUGGCUGUUAAGAUGCUCCUCAAGCGUCGCACGUGGACGGUGUCGCAGAUUCAGUCGUUUGUGCAUGAGAUACAGCUCAUGAGCCAGUUUGACUCGCCGUACAUUGUCAAGUUGGUCGGGGCGGCGUGGACCCGGGUGGACGACUUGAAAUGUGUGAUGGAGUUCAUGGACGGCGGCGACUUGAAGGAGUAUUUGGACACUCAUUCGAGCCAAGAGUUUGCCUGGGCUGACAAGUACGUACACCUCCUCAGCAUCGCAGACGGACUGUGCUACCUCCACUCGAUGAACGUCAUCCAUCGAGAUGUCAAGUCGAGAAAUGUGCUAUUGGAUUCCACCAAAGGCACGAAAUUGACGGACUUUGGCAUUUCCAAAGAAGAUAUUCAAGCCACGAUGACGGUGGGAGUGGGAACGUUCCGGUGGAUGGCGCCCGAAGUGCUACAAGACCAGGGGUAUACCAUCUCGGCUGAUAUAUAUUCGUUUGGAAUGCUCUUGUCGGAAUUUGACACGCAUCGGGUACCAUAUGAAGACAUGAAGAACCCCAUCACAAGACAACCGAUCGCGGAUUCAGCGAUCGUUUUGAAAGUUGUAUCUGGCAGCAUCCGUCCGACGUUUACGUCGGAAUGUCCGCCGUGGAUUCUGGAGCUGGCGGCACAAUGCCUGGCAUGGGACCCCACUGACCGACCCACGGCCAUGCAGUUGUCAUAUAUGAUUCGUUCAAAACUGAAGGAAAUGUCGUCGCGAUUGUUUUCGAUAUAGAAAGUGAAGCCAUCGAUAUAGUAUAAUGUAACGAAAAGACCCUAGUACACACA